AUGGAAUCGCAACGCAAGCCUUCUGACGAAAAAUUCACGCCAGCCCUCCUUCUCCAUCUCUACGACGAGUUGAUCGAAUCUGUACCCAAUGCUUCAUUGAAGGACUAUGAAAACUACCUAAUUCUUUGGGGUAUGGAUCAAAAGAAAGCUAGGGGCUACUGUUCUCAAGUUAGCUCCCAUAAAAACGGACGAUUUACGCGAGAAGAACUGUGCAAAGGACUCGACUUCUUACCAGAGCAACCGGCAGGGCUGCGCGAGGUGGAAAUUCUCUGCAGAGAUAUGCCCAUUAGAAAGAGCGAGUCAAUUCAAGUAAUCGUGCUGAAUGCUCUCAAUUCACAUUCGUCCAAAAAAGAUGUAGUGGCGAAAAUCAAGCGAGAAGUUGAACAUAUCUACGGUCCACAAUGGAACGUUUUCAUCGCCAAUGGCCACUACUGGGCUGUCUGCACGCAUAGACCCGGCGGCAAUCUUGUCUUUUCUUACCAAGGCGUUGUCUAUGGAGUCUACCACUCACCAGAACGACGUGCAGACGAUAGUAACUGCAUCAGCGCUACAGUCAGUUCAACACACUGA